CAACAAGAUGGCGAACAGCAAACGGUAUCUUCCAACCACUAGCACACGGUCACACAACGCCAAUUUCGAACAGAUCGGUUUUUUGCAGUGGACGAAACGGUUGAAAGCGGACGAACGUACGAAAAAGGCAACGCUAAAGGAACCUACCUAGAAAACAAACGACACAGUUCUUUUUUUUUUGGAAGUGAGUGCAACAUAAGGAUAUACAACAAAAUAAUACAAAUAAAAAACAACAAAAUACAAAUAAAUGGCGCCUUAAAAACGCCCACGCAAAAUGCCGCUAAAAAAGGAGUUCUUGCCGAAAGGAUAAAAAAAAAAAACAAGGAUUUUUCGAAAAGUGUAUCUACCUCGAGACGCGCGUGUGUGAGUGAAAGAAAGAGAGAUCGGGAGAGCGAGGAAGCGAGCAGUACGCAAGCGUGCGGCGUCGGUUUGAAUUUGAAUUUUUGCUCGAUCCUCAUAACAAAAAAAAAAGAGAAUACCAUUAAAUAAAGUUUCAAUUUUUUUGGCAUUUUUUUUAAUGUUUGAAAGCGGAAAAUGUCGCCGUCGUCGGGAGAGUGCCUCCUCUUAGUUUAUCAAAUAAAGUUUUAAAAUCGAAAGUUUAAAACUAUAAAAAAAAAACCCGCUAAAGAUUAACGAAACAUAAACACUAAAAUAAAAUACGUUCAUAUAAAAUAUCCUCACAAUUAAAAAAAUCACAUCAAAGAGAGACCAAAGAGGAGACACAAAAAAAAAAAAAGAAACCGAAAACUGAGGUGGAAAACUGGAAAAGUGGUUAACUGGAAAACUGGAUUACAAUGCAAUCGCAGCGCAGCCGACGUCGCAGUCGCGCACCAAAAACUUGGAUUUGUUGUAUUAACAAAAUGCACGCCGUUGCGUCGCUGCCCCUACUGCUGCUGACGCUGGCGUUUGCGAAUUUGCCAAACACCGUCCGCGGAGCUGAUACUGCAUUGGCUUCCGCUUCCUGCACAAGGGUAGGCUGCCAAAAUGGCGGCACCUGCGUAACACAACUCAAUGGCAAAACCUACUGCGCUUGCGAUUCACACUAUGUCGGCGACUACUGUGAACACCGAAAUCCGUGCAAAUCGAAUCGUUGCCAAAAUGGAGGCACCUGUCACGUGACCUUCCGCAACGGUCGUCCGGGCAUCUCUUGUAAGUGUCCUCUGGGCUUCGUGGAGUCCCUGUGCGAAAUACCAGUGCCAAAUGCCUGUGACGAUGUUAAGUGUCAAAACGGAGGCACCUGUCAACUGAAGACCCUUGAGGAGUUCACGUGUGCGUGUGCCAAUGGCUAUACAGGUGAACGAUGUGAGACGAAGAAUCUAUGCGCAUCUUCGCCCUGUCGGAAUGGUGCCACCUGCACGGCCGGAAGUAACAGCUUCACCUGCUCCUGUCCACCAGGAUUCACGGGCAACACAUGUUCCUACGACAUCGAGGAAUGCCUAUCGAAUCCCUGCAAAUACGGCGGCACCUGUGUCAAUACCCAUGGAUCCUACCAAUGCAUGUGUCCCACGGGCUAUACGGGAAAGGAUUGUGACACCAAGUACAAGCCCUGCUCGCCAUCGCCCUGCCAGAAUGGUGGAGUUUGCCACCCAAACGGUCUGUCCUACAACUGCACGUGCCCCAAAGGUUUCGAGGGCAAGAACUGCGAACAAAACUAUGACGAUUGUCUGGGACAUCUUUGCCAAAACGGAGGAACCUGCAUUGAUGGUAUCUCGGAUUAUACGUGCCGUUGUCCGCCGAAUUUCACGGGAAAGUUCUGUCAAGAGGAUGUGGACGAGUGCGCCCAACGGGAUCAUCCGGUGUGCCAGAAUGGAGCGACCUGUACGAACACCCAUGGAUCGUACAGUUGCAUCUGUGUGAAUGGCUGGGCAGGAUUGGAUUGCAGUAACAAUACGGAUGAUUGCAAGCAGGCGGCCUGCUUCUAUGGUGCCACAUGCAUUGAUGGCGUUGGCAGCUUCUAUUGUCAGUGUACCAAGGGAAAGACGGGGUUGUUGUGCCAUCUGGACGAUGCCUGCACCUCGAAUCCUUGUCAUGCGGAUGCCAUAUGCGAUACGAGUCCAAUUAAUGGUUCCUACGCCUGUUCCUGUGCUACAGGCUACAAGGGUGUGGAUUGUUCGGAGGAUAUAGACGAAUGUGAUCAGGGAUCACCGUGCGAGCAUAAUGGCAUAUGCGUCAAUACACCGGGUAGCUAUAGAUGCAACUGUUCGCAGGGCUUUACGGGUCCACGUUGUGAGACGAACAUCAAUGAAUGCGAAUCACAUCCCUGCCAGAACGAGGGCAGCUGUCUGGAUGAUCCGGGAACGUUCCGAUGCGUUUGUAUGCCAGGAUUCACGGGUACCCAGUGCGAAAUAGAUAUCGACGAAUGCCAAUCAAAUCCCUGCCUCAACGAUGGAACCUGCCACGACAAGAUCAAUGGAUUCAAAUGCAGUUGUGCCCUGGGCUUUACGGGAGCCCGGUGUCAGAUCAACAUAGACGAUUGCCAAUCGCAACCGUGCCGAAAUCGAGGAAUUUGCCAUGAUUCCAUAGCGGGCUAUAGCUGCGAAUGUCCGCCAGGAUAUACAGGUACUAGUUGUGAGAUUAACAUCAACGAUUGCGACUCGAAUCCUUGUCAUCGGGGCAAGUGCAUCGACGAUGUGAAUAGCUUCAAGUGUUUGUGUGAUCCCGGCUAUACGGGCUACAUAUGCCAGAAACAGAUCAACGAAUGCGAAUCGAAUCCGUGUCAGUUUGAUGGCCAUUGUCAGGAUCGCGUAGGCAGUUACUAUUGUCAAUGUCAGGCGGGAACGAGUGGCAAGAACUGUGAAGUCAAUGUGAACGAAUGCCACAGUAAUCCCUGCAAUAAUGGUGCCACCUGUAUCGAUGGCAUCAACUCGUAUAAAUGUCAAUGUGUUCCCGGAUUCACAGGUCAGCAUUGCGAGAAGAAUGUAGACGAAUGCAUCAGUAGUCCAUGUGCGAAUAAUGGCGUCUGUAUUGACCAGGUGAAUGGCUAUAAAUGCGAAUGUCCUCGGGGAUUCUACGAUGCUCAUUGUCUGAGCGAUGUAGACGAAUGUGCAUCAAAUCCUUGUGUAAACGAGGGUCGCUGUGAGGAUGGCAUCAAUGAGUUUAUAUGCCACUGCCCUCCUGGAUAUACGGGCAAGCGUUGCGAACUGGAUAUAGACGAAUGUAGCAGCAAUCCUUGUCAGCAUGGCGGAACCUGCUAUGACAAGCUCAACGCCUUCAGUUGCCAAUGUAUGCCUGGUUAUACGGGUCAAAAGUGUGAGACCAAUAUUGAUGACUGUGUUACGAAUCCGUGCGGUAAUGGUGGAACCUGCAUCGACAAGGUCAACGGAUACAAGUGCGUCUGCAAAGUUCCCUUUACGGGCAGGGAUUGUGAGAGCAAGAUGGAUCCUUGUGCCAGCAAUCGGUGCAUGAAUGAUGCCAAGUGUACGCCCAGUUCAAAUUUUCUGGACUUUUCGUGCACCUGCAAACUGGGCUAUACGGGUCGUUAUUGCGAUGAGGACAUUGACGAGUGCUCACUAAGUUCGCCAUGCCGGAAUGGAGCCAGUUGUCUGAAUGUACCCGGAUCGUAUAAAUGCCUUUGCACGAAAGGCUACGAAGGCAGGGAUUGUGCCAUCAAUACGGACGAUUGUGCCUCGUUUCCGUGCCAAAAUGGUGGAACGUGUCUAGACGGGAUCGGUGACUACAGCUGCCUGUGCGUGGAUGGUUUCGAUGGCAAGCACUGCGAGACGGACAUCAAUGAAUGCCUUAGCCAGCCGUGUCAGAACGGAGCAACCUGCAGUCAAUAUGUGAAUAGCUAUACUUGUACUUGCCCCCUGGGUUUCUCGGGCAUCAAUUGCCAGACGAAUGAUGAGGAUUGUACGGAAAGUUCUUGCCUAAAUGGUGGCAGUUGUAUCGACGGCAUAAAUGGGUAUAACUGCAGUUGCCUGACCGGAUUCUCUGGAGCCAAUUGCCAGUACAAGUUGAACAAGUGUGACUCGAAUCCUUGCCUGAAUGGAGCCACGUGUCAUGAGCAAAGGGACGAGUACACCUGCCAUUGUCCCAGCGGAUUUACGGGCAAACAGUGUUCCGAGUAUGUAGACUGGUGUAGUCAAUCGCCAUGCGAGAAUGGAGCCACUUGCAGCCAGAUGAAACACCAGUUCAGUUGCAAGUGUUCUUCAGGAUGGACGGGCAAGUUGUGUGAUGUUCAGACUAUAUCCUGUCAGGAUGCGGCCGAUCGGAAGGGAUUGAGCCUGCGACAAUUGUGCAACAAUGGCACGUGCAAGGAUUACGGAAAUAGCCAUGUGUGCUACUGCUCUCAAGGAUAUGCUGGUAGCUAUUGCCAGAAGGAGAUCGAUGAGUGUCAAUCGCAACCCUGUCAGAAUGGUGGAACCUGCCGCGAUUUGGUUGGUGCCUACGAGUGUAGCUGUCGCCAGGGUUUCCAGGGACAGAAUUGCGAACUGAACAUUGACGAUUGUGCCCCGAAUCCCUGUCAGAAUGGUGGAACAUGUCACGACAGAGUAAUGAACUUCAGCUGCAGCUGUCCGCCGGGAACGGUGGGCAUCAUUUGCGAGAUCAACAAGGAUGACUGCAAACCAGGUGCUUGUCAUAACAAUGGUAGUUGCAUCGAUCGCGUUGGCGGCUUCGAAUGCGUCUGUCAACCAGGUUUCGUUGGUGCCCGUUGCGAGGGUGAUAUCAAUGAGUGUCUUAGUAAUCCCUGCUCCAACGCCGGCACCCUGGACUGUGUACAGUUGGUCAAUAACUAUCACUGCAACUGCCGACCAGGCCAUAUGGGUCGCCAUUGCGAACACAAAGUGGAUUUCUGUGCCCAGAGUCCUUGCCAAAAUGGCGGCAAUUGUAAUAUUCGGCAGAGUGGACAUCAUUGCAUCUGCAAUAAUGGUUUCUAUGGCAAGAAUUGUGAGCUGAGUGUCCAGGACUGCGAUUCGAAUCCCUGCCGUGUAGGCAACUGUGUGGUGGCUGACGAGGGAUUCGGCUAUCGAUGCGAGUGUCCACGUGGCACAUUGGGUGAGCAUUGCGAAAUGGAUACCUUGGACGAGUGUGCCUCAAAUCCAUGUGCCCAGGGAGCUGCCUGCGAAGAUCUUCUAGGCGACUUUGAAUGCCUUUGCCCAAGCAAGUGGAAGGGCAAACGUUGCGAUAUUUAUGAUGCCAACUAUCCUGGAUGGAAUGGCGGAUCCGGAUCGAGUAAUGAUCGCUAUGCCGCCGAUUUGGAACAACAGCGAGCGAUGUGCGAUAAACGAGGAUGUACGGAGAAGCAAGGAAAUGGCAUUUGUGACUCAGAUUGUAAUACCUAUGCAUGUAAUUUUGAUGGCAAUGAUUGCUCCUUAGGGAUUAAUCCGUGGGCUAAUUGCAUGGCCAACGAGUGUUGGAAUAAGUUCCAGAACGACGUAUGUAACGAGGAGUGCAAUAAUGCCGCCUGUCACUAUGAUGGCCACGAUUGCGAAAGGAAACUAAAGAGCUGCGAUAGCCUAUUCGAUGCCUAUUGCCAGAAGCACUAUGGCGAUGGUUUCUGCGACUAUGGAUGCAAUAAUGCCGAGUGCAGUUGGGAUGGUCUCGACUGUGAAAACAAGACGCAAUCUCCGGUCUUGGCCGAGGGUGCUAUUUCGAUUGUUAUGCUUAUGAAUGUGGAGGCAUUCCGGGAGAUCCAAGCGCAGUUCCUUAGGAAUAUGAGCCAUAUGCUAAGAACAACGGUGCGUCUAAAGAAGGAUGCCCUUGGUCAUGAUAUCAUCAUCAACUGGAAGGACAAUGUACGCGUGCCUGAGAUUGAGGAUACGGAUUUCGCGAGGAAAAACAAGAUUCUGUACACCCAACAGGUCUAUCACACGGGUAUACAAAUAUAUCUGGAGAUCGACAAUCGCAAGUGCACUGAAUGUUUCAGUCAUGCUGUUGAGGCAGCUGAAUUUCUUGCAGCCACGGCGGCCAAACAUCAGUUACGUAAUGAUUUCCAAAUUCAUAGUGUCCGUGGCAUCAAGAAUCCCGGUGAUGAGGAUAAUGGUGAACCACCGGCGAAUGUAAAAUAUGUGAUUACCGGUAUGAUACUGGUCAUCAUCGUAUUGGCCUUCUUUGGUAUGGUCCUGAGCACGCAUCGGAAGAGGGCACAUGGUGUCACCUGGUUCCCCGAAGGAUUCCGAGCUCCGGCAGCGGUAAUGUCUCGGCGUCGACGAGAUCCCCACGGUCAGGAGAUGAGGAACUUGAAUAAGCAGGUGGCCCUGCAAUCGCAAGGAGUCGGUCAGCCCGGUGCCCAUUGGUCCGAUGAUGAAUCGGAUAUGCCGUUACCCAAAAGGCAGCGCAGUGAUCCCGUUUCGGUUGUUGGUUUGGGUAAUAAUGGUGGCUAUGCCAGCGAUCACACAAUGGUCAGUGAUUACGAGGAGGCGGAUCAGAGGGAAUGGUCACAGGCUCAUUUGGAUGUGGCAGAUGUAAGAGCCAUAAUGACACCACCGGCGCAUCAGGAUGGCGGCAAACACGAUGUAGAUGCACGUGGUCCCUGCGGCGUAACUCCGUUGAUGAUUGCAGCCGUUCAUGGUGGAGGUCUGGAUACCGGCGAGGAUAUCGAGAACAAUGAGGAUAGCACGGCCCAGGUUAUAUCGGAUCUAUUGGCCCAGGGAGCUGAGCUAAAUGCCACAAUAGACAAGACGGGCGAGACAUCACUGCAUCUGGCGGCUCGUUUUGCUCGAGCAGAUGCUGCCAAGAGAUUACUGGAUGCCGGAGCAGAUGCUAAUUGCCAGGAUAAUACGGGAAGAACACCGCUACACGCUGCUGUGGCCGCUGAUGCAAUGGGUGUAUUUCAGAUACUGCUGAGAAACAGGGCCACCAAUUUGAAUGCCAGGAUGCACGACGGAACAACACCACUGAUUCUGGCCGCACGUCUAGCAAUCGAGGGAAUGGUGGAGGAUCUAAUAACCGCCGAUGCUGAUAUCAAUGCAGCGGACAACUCUGGCAAGACGGCACUUCACUGGGCAGCGGCGGUGAACAAUACCGAGGCAGUGAAUAUUCUCCUAAUGCAUCAUGCCAAUCGGGAUGCUCAGGACGAUAAGGAUGAAACCCCAUUGUUUUUGGUUGCUCGCGAGGGUAGCUAUGAAGCUUGCAAGGCGCUGCUGGAUAACUUCGCCAAUCGCGAAAUCACCGAUCACAUGGAUCGAUUACCACGGGAUGUGGCCAGCGAGCGACUGCAUCACGAUAUUGUCCGGCUGCUGGACGAACAUGUACCGCGUUCUCCGCAAAUGCUGAGCAUGACACCGCAGGCUAUGAUCGGAUCCCCACCGCCGGGUCAACAACAGCCGCAGCUUAUCACCCAGCCGACGGUCAUUUCCGCCGGAAACAACAACAAUGGCAAUGCCAGUGGAAAACAGAGCAGCCAGACGGCCAAACAGAAGGCGGCCAAGAAGGCAAAACUUAUUGAAGGAAGUCCCGACAAUGGACUGGAUGCCACGGGCAGUCUGCGACGCAAAGCAAGUUCAAAAAAGACAAGUGCGGCCUCAAAAAAGGCCGCCAAUUUAAAUGGCCUGAAUCCAGGCCAGUUGACGGGAGUAUCGGGCGUACCGGGAGUACAGCCGAACUCGAAUUCAGCAGCACAAGCAGCCGCAGCAGCGGCGGCGGCAGCAGCCGUGGCGGCUAUGUCCCACGAACUGGAGGGAUCACCGGUGGGCGUGGGCAUGGGCGGGAAUAUGCCCAGUCCGUACGACACCAGUUCCAUGUACUCGAACGCGAUGGCCGCACCGCUGGCGAACGGCAAUCCGAACACGGGUGCCAAACAACCGCCGAGCUAUGAGGAUUGCAUCAAGAAUGCGCAAUCGCUGCAAUCCCUACAGGGCAACGGUCUGGACAUGAUCAAGCUGGAUAAUUAUGGUUACUCGAUGGGAUCGCCAUUUCAACAAGAGCCUUUCAAUGGUCAAGGACUCGGGAUGAAUGGGAAUGGUCAGCGUAAUGGAGUCGUUACCGGGGUCCUGCCCGGCGGUUUGUGCGGAAUGGGUGGACUGACCGGAACCGGAAAUGGAAAUAGCCACGAGCAGGGACUUAGUCCGCCGUACUCCAACCAAUCACCACCGCAUUCGGUGCAGAGUAGCUUGGCGCUUUCGCCCCACGCUUACUUGGGUUCUCCAUCGCCGGCUAAAUCGCGACCGAGUCUGCCCACCUCGCCCACUCACAUCCAGGCGAUGAGGCAUGCCACCCAGCAGAAGCAAUUUGGUGGCAGCAAUCUCAAUAGCCUGCUGGGCGGUGCAAAUGGUGGUGGCCUGGUCGGUGGAGGCGGUGGUGGCCAGGGGCCACAGAACUCGCCCGUGAGCUUGGGCAUCAUCUCGCCGACGGGUAGCGAUAUGGGCAUCAUGCUUGCCCCACCUCAAUCCUCGAAGAGCAGUGCAAUAAUGCAGACGAUAUCCCCGCAGCAACAGCAGCAGCAGCAGCAACAACAGCAGCAGCAACAGCAACAGCAGCAACAUCAGCAGCAACAGCAGCAACAACAACAGCAACUCGGAGGCCUGGAGUUCGGUUCAGCGGGCUUGGACCUGAAUGGAUUUUGUGGAUCUCCGGACUCAUUUCACUCGGGUCAAAUGAAUCCGCCCUCGAUACAAAGUUCGAUGUCCGGCUCGUCGCCGUCGACCAACAUGCUGUCGCCAUCGUCACAGCAUAACCAGCAGGCCUUCUACCAGUACCUAACGCCACCGAGCCAGCAUUCCGGCGGCCAUACGCCGCAGCAUUUGGUCCAAACGUUGGACAGCUACCCUACGCCCUCGCCGGAAUCACCUGGCCACUGGUCCUCCUCCUCGCCCCGAUCCAAUUCCGAUUGGAGCGAGGGCGUUCAAUCACCGGCGGCCAAUAAUCUCUAUAUAUCCGGGGGCCAUCAGGCCAACAAAGGAUCUGAGGCCAUCUACAUUUGACCAUAAGCCGAUGACUUAGACGCAAGAAUAAUAGUAUGAAGGAAGGAUAGAAUAUAGAUGGAAAGUUGGAUGUUUUGCCAAGGAUAAAAGCAGAGGGACUCUUAAAGAGUCCGCGGCUACGUUCUAUCUAAAAUGCUAUAUAAUGUAAUUCUCUAAUCUCUAUGAUUAUGUAUUUUUUCACGCGACUUUUUUUUUUUUUAAAUAUGUGUCUUUAAGUUUUAGAUUUUAGAAACUAAAUACGCAAUUCUUGCAGAAGAAGCGUCAUAAAUAAUGUAGUAACUUAAAUUAUUUUAAUGCUUGUUGUACAGUGCACCGAUCGCAUAUAUAUAUAUAUAUACAUAUACUAUACAUAUGUAUAGAUAUAUAUACAUAUAUCUACUCAUAGAUAUACCAGUUAAGAGCUCGUUUUGUGGCGCAUUUUAUUUUAUUGUCGUAACGUCAUCGUAGCUUCCAGUAAAUAAAAACAUAAAAAAUAACCAGAGAUAUAGAGAGGAGAAACUAAACUUAGCGAAAAUUCUGAUUGAUCGAUUAAACGUUGGUGAGACAUUUGUAAUUGUAAGCGACCAUUAUAUCACUAGGCCAUAAGUCUAGGCUAAGUUUUUAUCGAAUUCUACAUUUAAUUAUGGCCCACAUGCUAUAUAAAUAUAUAGAUAUCGUAGUUCUUGUAGGUUUCGAAACUGAAGUGCUUAUAUAAACAAAAUUGUUAGACGUACACCGCAUCAAACCUUUUUUUUUUACACCAAUUUUUUUUUUUUAUUAUUUUUAUUAUGACUAUUAUGUAUUAUUACAUAUUGACUAAGCUAAACUGUAAAAAGAUUCUCAUAACUGUUUGAUUUAAGUUGACAAAAAAAAAAACAAAAAAUUAAACAUAAAUCAUCAUCGAAAAAGUAUAAUUCUAAUUUACAAAAACAAAAAAAAAAAAAGGAACAAAAGACAAUUAAAACAACAGUAAACCAGCCAAGUUUUCUAUAUAUAUAAGACCCGCCCUAUGAUCUAAGUUGGAUAAAUAGAUAUUUUCAAAAAAUAUACAAAACAAAGAAAAGACAUAAAGAAUUCCAGAGAAAUGAUGUUCUUGUUCGAUUCGCUCUAUAUAUUUAAUUUGAACAGUAUGCUUUCUUUCGUCUAUAUUUUGUGUAAGUUUUUAAUGUGUAAAUUGUAAAAUUAUUUGUUUUCCUAACAAGACAGCAAAACAAAAAUGCAAACUUUUUGAAAUAUAUAAUAAAUAUUAAAUAAUUAUUUUAAGAAAAAUGUGUUUUUAUUUAUAUUAUGUGGUCAUUUGCCAUAAGGCUUAGUAAGCCAACUUCCUAGUUCUUGUUAGUUCUCUAGAUUACAUCGUUUAUAUGGACAAACGGACAGACGGGCAUGGCUAAGUCGUUUCGGUUAUUGAUCUUGACAAUAAUCUAUUUUUGCGUAUAAUGAUCAAAAUUUAACCAAAUUUCGCGUUUGUGAAGAGGGAUAAACUAAUCUAUUUUUUCGAAAAAGGGGAAAAAAAUGAUUUUCGAAUGAUUUUAAUUCAGUUCCAUAAGAAAUGGAAUUAUGAGCUGAACGAAAUAUGACCUUUUUUAUUUGGAAAAUUGUUGGCUUCGUUAGGGCUUAAAUACUGAUUUUUUUUUAUCGAAAAAUCAAGUAUACGCCUUUUGACAAGAAAUCAGAAACUUUUUGCGGUUUGUUGGCCCUAACUUUGGUAAAACAAGACCCUCAGCUUAAAGAAUGGCUGUUAUGUGCAAGGAUCAUAUAGAGGAGUAAUUUCGAAAUUUUAAGCAGGACAAUCAUAGUAGGCUGUUACCAACAUACUUUAACUAAUCGAAGUAGGUGUAGCUUAUAUUGAACAUUUUGAUCCUGUCAAAUCGCCGCCGACGGUAGCGCUGGGAGCUAAGUUGACUCCCAAAAUAUAAAUGUAUCGUCGGCCUGGGUUCGAGUCCCGGUAAAAACCUAAGAGCAUGGCACACACACACAACAUAUAUGGCACCUUUUGAACACUUACUAUAUAGUUGAGCUGAGCAGAGCAACACAUAAACUACAAGUUUCCUACACACAAUAAACUCCAGGUGGAAUGAUGACACACGAAUGGUAUGGCUAACAACACGGUUCUCCAUGGACUGAAGAUAGGAUUAAGCAUAAAGUGAAGAGGAUAAAACAGACCAAUCUAUCAACCAAAACCUAAGCUGAACAACAAUGUAAAUCUCGAACGUGAAAUGUAAAUGGUAUAAUAAUAAAAAGAAAUGUUUUUU